UUUCAGUCACUAUAAGAGUAAAGAAGCAGAAACAAAAACUAUUUUUGACUAACAAAACACACACAAUAUCAGUCUCUUGAGUAAAGAAGAAAUUGUUUUUUUAAUAAUCAAAAAUGUUAGAAAUACCAAGUGAGAUUUUUCAAUCCUUAAAGCAAAAAGAUGCUUUCGAUUGCAUCGCCUUCUCCACUCGUCAAUUCAAGCUUCGGUUUCCAAAAUUCGUCGAAAUCGCUGAUCCCCGUUAUGUCGGCGGCGUCUGGAUUCAAAACGCUGACGGAGAAUUUCACGGUGAGGGUGCAGAGAGCAGAGAACCGCGAACUGAACGUGCCUCUGCUCUCUCCCUUCACUAUCGCCUCGUCGCGGCUUGAUUCAGUCGGUAAUGUCGCGAUCCGGAUUGAGCUUAGCGGUGGAUGUGUCGGUUGGGGAGAGGCUCCGAUUUUGCCGUCGGUUACGGCGGAGGAUCAGCUUACGGCCAUGGUAAAAGCGCGGGAAGCCUGUGAGUUUCUGAGGGAGUUACCGGAGAUGAAACUAGGUAAUGUUCUUCAGGAGAUCGGAAAAUUUCUCCCUGGCCAUCGAUUUGCCUCUGUGAGAGCGGGGAUGGAGAUGGCGAUGAUAGAUGCAGCAGCUAAGAGCGUAGGAACGCCACUGUGGAAGCUAUUUGGUGGGGCUUCAAGUACCAUUACCACCGACAUAACAAUUCCGAUAGUUUCUCCAGCUGAAGCUUCGAGUUUGGCGUUAAAGUAUAGAAAAGAAGGGUUUGAAACGUUGAAGCUCAAGGUGGGGAAGAACCUUCACGCUGACAUACAAGUUCUCCAGGCUAUACGUGCAGUCCACCCUGAUUGUUCCUUCAUGUUGGAUGCAAAUGAGGGUUAUACAACAGACGAAGCUCUUGAAGUUCUCGAAAAGCUUCAUGAAAUGAAGGUUACACCGGUUCUCUUUGAACAACCCGUCCACAGAGACAACUGGGAAGGUCUCAGUCACGUGACUCGAAUUGCAAAGAAGAGAUUCGGAGUCUCUGUUGCAGCGGACGAGAGUUGUAGAGGCUUGACUGAUCUCAAGAAAAUCAUAGAAGGUGACAUCGUAGAUGUUGUUAACAUCAAACUCGCCAAAACCGGAAUCCUGGAGGCCCUUGAGGUGAUUGAAUUGGCUAGAUCAUCGGGAAUUGAGCUGAUGAUAGGGGGAAUGGUGGAGACUAGACUAGCAAUGGGGUUCUCCGGUCACAUUGCUGCCGGCAUCGGAUGUUUCAGAUUCAUCGACUUGGACACUCCACUUCUUCUGGCUGGUGAUCCUGUUCAAGGUGGCUACAAAGCAUCGGGUGCUGUCUAUGAGUUUACAGAUGAAGGUGGUCACGGAGGAUAUCUUCAGUGGUUUUGAGUAUCCUUCAGUCUAGUUAGGUCCUGUUUUAUAGUUCACAGUAAGCCAAUCUCAAGCUUUGAUGUUGGUUUUGGGUUUGAAGAAGCAUUAGACCUUGGUUUGCUUUAGUGAAUCUCAAGCUUUUGUAACUUUUGUUCAUCACAUUAAUCCGAUUGAUUUGUGUCUGAACCCACCGCACACAACAAGGGUGAAGUUGUGUCAACCAAUUCCAAAGUUUACUGAAGUCCCUUUUGUCUUCUGGUCAACACUUUUAUGGUAGUCUCUAUACGAAAAUCACAAUUGUGUAAAUAGAAAAUAUGAAAACAGAAGGUUGUUAGAAAUGAAAGAGUGAACUCAGAAGAGAAAAGGUCAAAAUGAACUGCUUUUCUUUGGAAAAUAGAAAAAGUUGUACAUUGGUUGGUGUAGUGGUGACUGGUGAGGCGUGAAAAAUCUCAGUAGGUGUAUUCUGGUAAAGGUCCAAUACAUGAUUGGACUAAUUAUUUUAUUGCUAAUUAGAAUAAUGUUAGCAAACAGUUGAAUUUACAAAUUUAUUUAGAAUUGUG